AUGGCAACUUUAGUGAGGACUCAUCAAGCUGCUUUAAAAAGGGUGUGUGGAAGUCAGCCAACUGGACAUUUGCAAAUACCGGUCCCCGCAAAGGAUAAGAAAGACACUGUCCCACUGGUAAUGUCCUCUAACCGAAAUUCAUGGUUAGAUGCACCAUCUUUGGGUCUCAGCAUGUUGUCUGCGAUGUCUAUUAAACGAAUUGUAGCAACAUCACGUCGUUUAAUUCAUACCGAUAUAAGAUUCCCGAAAUACGACGAUGAACGAUCGAAGGCAGCUAGUGACUCAACAAAAGCAGCCAGAGAUACUGAAGAUUUUCGCCGCGUGACGGCCCAAGGAUUGUUGUUCGGAGUAAACGGAGCAGUUUACCUCUACAUGGCUACGAAGUUUGUACAGUCGCUUGUCACUUACAAAAGUAUGCCAGCCGACCAGUUAGCUAUGGCAAAUACAGAAAUUGAUUUGGACGAAAUUCCUGAGGGACAGUGCAAAACGUAUACUUGGCGCGGAAAACCACUGUUUGUAGCCCAUCGUACUCAAGAUGACAUCGGAAAAGCGAAGAGUGUCAACUUAAACGAAUUGCGUGAUCCACAGACUGAUGAUGAGCGAGUAAAGAAAGAUGAGUGGCUUGUAACUAUAGGUGUUUGCCCUCAUCUUGGAUGUGUUCCGCUAGCAGGAAAAGGAGAUUUUGGCGGUUAUUAUUGCCCUUGUCAUGGCUCCACAUUUGAUACAUCUGGUCGUAUACGCUUGGGACCCGCACCAACUAAUCUUGAAGUGCCGCCAUACCAAAUCACUGAUAAUAACAAGUUGAUUGUGGGCGAUUAA